AUGGAUGCUCUACAUAAGACAUACAUGACUCGCAAAAAGCGCCACAUUUACAUAGUGCCUUUCAAGUUUGAUACACCAUCUCCAGAUGACAUGGUCAUUACAGGCUUAAAAUCAUCCAGAAACUUUAGAAAAGUUGACACAGAGGUUCUAGUUAAAGAGUCUGUUGACGUGACCGGAAAGGAGAUGACGGAUAAUGAUAUUCUUCUAACUGAAAAGAGUACAAGCAUGGACCCAAGUGCAUCAGUACAAUUGGAUGAAGUUGGUGGAACUACUAGCAAUGUUCCUUCGAGUAGUCAAAAUAUAACUCUUGUUUUGGACCAUAAGCUGCAGCAUUUGAGUUUGGAGAGGAAACCGAAGAACAGUAAACCCAAUAUUAAGAAAGCAGCUUCUGUUUCACACUACAAGCCAGAACCAUGGAUGCUCCAGAGUGAAGAUCAAGAAAUCCGUAAACAGCUAAGUCUUGCCAUUGUUGGUCAUGUUGAUUCUGGGAAAUCAACUUUAUGUGGUCGAUUACGACAUGCUUUGGGAUUGAUUUCAAAAAAACAAAUGCAUAAAUAUGAGAAAGAAGCUAAAGAAAAGGGGAAAGGGUCGUUUGCAUAUGCCUGGGCUAUGGAUGAGAGCAGUGAUGAGAGGGAGCGCGGCAUUACAAUGACUGUGGCUGUAGCAUACUUCAAUAGCGAAAACUACCGUGUGGUUUUGCUUGACUCCCCUGGUCACAAGGAUUUUGUUCCUAAUAUGAUAUCUGGUGCUACACAAGCUGAUGCAGCCAUCCUAGUUGUUGAUGCAUCUAUAGGCUCAUUUGAAGCUGGCAUGGGUGUUAAUGGAAUUGGUCAGACAAAGGAACACUCACAACUUAUUAGGAGCUUUGGUGUUGAGAACUUGAUAGUUGCUAUUAAUAAGAUGGAUGUGGUGGAAUAUUCGAAGGAGCGGUUUCAGUCCAUUAAAUUGCAACUUGGUAUCUUUCUUCGAUCAUGUGGUUACAAAGACUCUUCAGUUACCUGGGUUCCUUUGAGUGCAAUGGCAAAUGAAAAUUUAGUCACAGCUUCUUCAGAUUCUCGUCUUCUAUCAUGGUACAAUGGAGAUUGUCUGCUGAAAGCCAUUGACUCAUUACCUCCUCCCCAUCGUGACGUUUCAAGGCCACUGCGCCUUCCAACAUGUGAUGUUAUUGCAUCUCACACGCUGGGUCAGGUGGCUGUUUGUGGUAAAGUAGAGUCUGGAGGGAUCCGGACUGGCUCUAAGGUUCUUGUCAUGCCUUCUGGAGAUAUAGCUACAGUAAGAACCAUUGAGCGGGAUUCCUCUACUUGCAACUUGGCUAGAGCCGGGGACAACGUUGCCAUUGGUUUGCAUGGGAUCGACCCUGGCCAUAUUGUGUCAGGUGGAGUUCUUUGCCAUCCAGAUUUCCCCGUGCACAUCGCUUCUCACUUGGAGCUGAAAAUUCUGGUUCUAGAAAUCACCAUGCCAAUACUGGUUGGUCUUCAGUUUGAGCUGCACAUACAUCACGCCAGGGUGUCUGCGAGGUUGGUUAAAAUACUGUCGUCGUUGGACCAGAAGACUGGCAAGGCCUUAAAGAAAAUGCCACGUUUGCUCACCGCGAGGCAGGCCGCCGUGGUUGAAGUGAAGCUGGACAGAGAAGUGUGUGUGGAGGAAUUCUCGACGCUGAAGGCCCUUGGACGGGUGUUCCUGCGGUCUCAGGGUAACACUGUUGCGGUGGGCAUUGUGACUCGAAUUCUGGAUCAGGCUUUUGACCUCGCCUAA